ACAGGUCCGGGAGUACCUCCUGACUCCCCCCGCCCCUCCUCGCCCAUCUCCCCGCUGUCAGUCGACUGUUUCCCGGCCGAGUCUGCGUUCUCGCCCCGCUGCUGCCACCACUGAUCCCCGAGGAAACCUCGCGAACAUGGCGGACACAGCCAGAGACCACCCGCCGGACCACACCGACUUCCAGGAGCUGGAGGACGCAGAGGACCUGUUCCCGGAGCCGACCAUGGCUCAGGAGUCUGGACCCGCCAGCCUGCCCACCGAAGACCUGAGCUGCAAGACCAACGGACCAAAGCAAGACUGUCUGUUCGACGACGAUGACCCGGAGGACCUGUUUGCAGAGCCCACCGAGGAAGUUUCUCUGGACAGUCCCGAGAGAGACGUCCUGCUGUCGGACGGCCCGUCGCCCGCCAUCACCCCCAUCACCCCGCCCACCUCCGUCCUCGCCCCUCGCCUCGGGCACGAAGACAUGUUCACGCACUCCUCCUUCGAUGAGGUGGAGGAGGAAGAGGGAGGAGACUCUUUCGACAUCAACAUCUCCGUGUCGGACCCUGAGAAAGUGGGUGACGGCAUGAACGCAUACAUGGCCUACAAGGUCACCACCAAGACAUCCAUGUCCAUCUUCAAGCUCCACGACUUCUCUGUCAAGCGGCGUUUCAGCGACUUCCUAGGCCUCCACAGCAAACUAGCUUCCAAAUAUCUUCAUAUCGGCUACAUCGUCCCGCCGGCGCCCGAGAAAAGCAUCGUGGGGAUGACCAAGGUGAAGGUGGGGAAGGAGGACCAGUCUUCCAACGAGUUUGUGGAGAAGAGGAGGCUGGCGCUGGAGAGGUAUCUGAUGAGGACGGUGAAACACCCGGUGCUGCUCAAGGAUCCUGACGUCAUGCAGUUCCUGGAGAGUUCGGAGCUUCCCCGGGCCGUCAGCACUCAGGCUCUCAGCAGCGCUGGACUCCUGCGGAUGGUGAACAAGGCGGCUGAAGCCGUCAACAAGAUGACCAUCAAGAUGAACGAGUCUGACGCUUGGUUUGAAGAGAAGCAGCAACACUUUGAGAAUCUGGACGUUCAGUUGAGGAAACUUCAUGCGAGCGUGGAGUCACUGGUUUGUCAUCGAAAAGAGCUGUCCGUGAACACGGCGCAGUUCGCCAAGUCUGCGGCCAUGUUGGGGAACAGCGAGGACCACACGGCGCUGUCCCGCGCUCUGUCCCAGCUAGCUGAGGUGGAGGAGAAGAUCGACCAGCUGCACCAGGACCAGGCCAACGCUGACUUCUACCUCUUCUCAGAGCUGCUGGGUGACUACGUCAGGCUCAUCACUGCGGUCAAGGGCGUGUUCGACCACCGCAUAAAGACAUGGCAGAAGUGGCAGGACAGUCAGAUCCUGCUGCAGAAGAAACGAGAGGCCGAAGCCAAACUGCAGUUCACCAACAAACCUGACAAACUCCAGCAGGCCAAAGAGGAGAUCAAGGAGCUGGAGGGGAAAGUCCAGCAGGGCGAGCGCGACUUUGAACAAAUCUCCAAAACCAUCCGUAAGGAAGUGAGCCGAUUUGAGAAGGAGCGAGUGAAAGACUUCAGAAGCAUCAUCAUCAAGUACCUGGAGUCGCUGGUCCAGACGCAGCAGCAGCUCAUAAAAUACUGGGAAGCCUUCCUGCCUGAAGCCAAAGCCAUCUCGUAGACGCCACCUCCCAUCAUGCGCCUCUCACACCGAGCUGCUGACGGAGACGAGCGGCGGCGAGGCGGUGCGUCAGAGCGCAGCCACUUCCACAGCAACCCGACGCAGGCGCUCGUGGACAUGAAUGUUGUUUCCCAGACUGACGCCGGUGUUGGUUCCCGACGUGCCAGUCGCCUUCUUUUCCCCCGCCAUCGCGACGCCGCUCGUCUGGAAACAUCUCCUGCCAUGAGGACCCGAGUGAGGGCUGUCACAUAACUCUGAUUUGGUCCCGGAGUGAAGCGGCUCUACAUUAAGCUAACAAAGGCUAAACAAAAAAUCAUUUCCAUUUGUGGGAGGAGUUUUUAUGGCAGGACUUUGUUUCCAGAUGUGAUCAGCUUCUCUUUCCAAAACUGCUUAUUUCCUUUCUUUUGUUCUUUUGUUUUCACUCGUGAUGCUAUCAAUGCCAGAAUGCUACCGACGACUCCAGUGGAGCGCCACCUCGAGCUGUGAAACUGAUCCGGAGUCAGCGGCGUGAACCGCUUCGUCUCUGUUUCUACUUCUGUCCUUUCAAAAUAAGAGUCUGCUUUUGUGUUUCUGUUGCCGCAUGAUCGCAAGUGAAGGCAACGUGUUUUGUGUGCGAGUCGAUGGCAGCCAGGAAACGUCCGCCCAGUCAGUCCCGUGAACUGGACACGUGACUCAUGACGUAAACAUGAAGGUCAUUUAAAGUCGCAUCAUCUGACAUCAGCAAACGUACAGCUCCAGAGUUUCCUCGCGUUUCCUUGUGUGGCUCGUCGAACUCAACGUUUGUGUUGCUGCUUCAGUUGUGUGUGUGUGUGUGUGUGUGUGUGUGUCAGUGUCAGUGGACAGAUCAUCCUGCUGCUGUUGUAAAUACUUCUCAGAGUCGUCAGAUUAUAAUCCCAAAUCCCUUCUGUGAUCAUCCUUGCUCUCACUGAUUGAAAGCUGGAAUUUCCUGAGCAUCUUUUUGUAUCUCUGUAGCUCCUCCCUCCAUCCUGUCCUUCAUGUUGCUCCUCUCCUCUUCACUGACGCGCACUUUCUCUCCUGAUGAUGCCUCAGUUUGUUUUGUUGGGACAUUCCUCGAGUGAAGUUUGGUAAUUUCAAUAAAAGAAUGUA